AUGGCAUCUGUCCGACACGCCCGCCGGGAGGACAUCCCCACCAUCCUAAGCCUCAUCAAAGAGCUCGCAGACUACGAGCACGAGCUCGACAGCGUCCUCGCAACAGAAGAGACCCUCGGCGCCACAAUCGCCUUCGCGCCCUCCUCCCAGACAACCUAUACGCAAGGCAAACCCCAAACGGAGCCCACAUCCCCCUCCAAACCCGCGCGAUGCCUUCUCCUCUUUAACGAGAGCGGCGAGGGCGUCGGCAUGGCCCUCUACUUUUACAACUACAGCACCUGGCGUGCCAAGCCGGGCGUCUACCUCGAGGACCUCUAUGUGCGCCUGUCGGAGCGCAAAAAGGGCUACGGCAAGCGGCUGCUCGUCGAGCUGGCCAGGGAGGUCGUCGCCAUGGAGGGCGGGAGGCUCGAGUGGUCCGUCUUGAAGUGGAAUGAGCCGAGUAUCAAGUUUUAUGAGUCCAUUGGCGCAAAGGCCAUGAACGACUGGGUUGGCAUGCGCGUCGAUGGCGACGCCUUGCCGAAGCUGGCUGGCUUGCUUGAUUCGUGA